AUGCGUAACCGGAAGUUACUUUUCAAUUCCACGCCAAAACGAACCUUUCAACGAUACUCCUUCCAGGAAAGUACAGUGCAAAGCAGUCGUUAUGCAUCCUCACUACCAGUACUUAAAUAUGCUUUUAAAAUCUACAAUAACUGUCUGGUAAAACUAUCUUUCGUUUGUAUUCUUUGUUUUUCUCGUAUUUGUUUUCAUUUCGCUCUUUUCGCUUUUUGUUUUCAUCUUCUCUUUUCGAUCUUUCUCUAUCGGUCUUUUUCUAUGUCUAUCUUUUCUUUACUCAAACCUGGUUACGCUUUUACUGUUUCUUUCUCUUCGACUCUUUAUCUAUUUAUCACCUCUUAUUUGAAUUUCUCACUUCUCUUCAGCUCACAGUCACUUUCUUUUUAUUUUUUGUAUUCCUAUCACUUCAUUCUUAAUUUUAAGUCCAUCCCUUUUAUUCCUCAUCAUCGUCUGGACGUAGCGCCACUGAAAACCGGAAGUGAACAAAUGGACCGAUAUUCAAAUAAAAAUUGCCGCGAUUUCCAUUUUGUUAUGACCCAGCUUUCUCCGCCUCUCUUCCUAUUUCUUAUUCAAUGUACUCUCCAGAUUCCCAACACCACUUGGUACAUCCUUUUUUCUUUCUCUAAAAGGAAAUGUCUCUCUUGUCUCUCACACAUGGUUCUUCCUUUCUCCUUCAUUCCGAGUGUAGUACUACCACUAUACUUGCAGGACUUUAUCCACUCCUUGCUGUUCGUGCCGAGGGCUUUUUCUCGAGCUUCUUCUUGUUUUUUCUUUCUUUUUCCUUUUUUUUUUCAUCUUUUAACAAUAUUUACUUCUUCUGACUCUCUCUCCCCCUCUCUCCCCCCCUCUCUCUCUCUCUCCCCCCUCUCUCUCUCUGUUGCUUAUUCUUUCUCCAUUACUUCUUUGUCUUUUUCGGUACUUGAUAAAAAUGGAGGAAAGACAUUAAAACUUUUUCCUCUCUCCCUCUCUCUCCCUCUCCCUCUCUCUCUCUCUCUCUCUCUCUCUCUCACUAUGAAAACAUAUUUCUGGCACGCUCUUUCUCUCUGUCUCUAUCUAUCUAUCUAUCUAUCUAUCUAUCUCUCUUGCGGCCUCAGCCGAGAUUGA